UGAAUUUCGUCGAUAAGAUUCUGGCUUCGGGAUUGUGGGUUUACACCGUCAAAUUCAAUAAUAUGAAGAGCUCAUGAAGAGAUAAUAACUUUGAAGCCCUUGAAUUUUCUAGAAACCAGAGUUCUCCGUUUACCUCCCAUCAGUUUUUUCGCAGAAGAGGAAAAGGAAGCAACAAAAUGAAGAGAGUAUUUGGUGUUAAGAAAGAGAAGGAACCUCCUCCGUCCAUUCAGGACGCUUCCGAUCAGAUUAACAAACGAGGGGAUACAGUGGAAGAUAAGAUUAAAAAGUUAGAUGCUGAACUUACUAGAUACAGAGAACAAAUAAAAAAAACAAGACCUGGUCCUGCUCAGGAGGCUAUUAAAGCUCGGGCCAUGAGGGUUCUAAAGCAGAAAAGGAUGUAUGAAGGACAACGUGACAUGCUUUACAAUCAGACAUUCAACCUGGAUCAAGUUGCAUUUGCUGCUGAAGGCCUUAAAGAUGCUCAGCAAACUAUGUCAGCUCUGAAAUCUGCCAACAAGGAGUUGAAAGGAAUGAUGAAAACUGUGAAGAUUCAAGACAUCGAUAAUUUGCAAGACGAGAUGAUGGACCUGAUGGAUGUGAGUAAUGAAAUUCAAGAGACCUUAGGCAGAAGCUAUAAUGUGCCUGAUGACAUUGAUGAAGAAGACCUAAUGGGUGAACUCGAUGCAUUGGAAGCAGACAUGGGAAACGAGACAGAAGCUGAUGGGGUGCCUUCUUAUCUCCAACCUGAUUUGGAUGCGGAGCUGAACUUGCCUUCAGCACCCAUAGGACAAACAGCAGCACCACCUGGCAGAUCAAAUGUGAAGGUGAAUUUGUCAUCA